AUCAGCGCUCCUGGAUGUGGAUGUGAAGUGAACUGGGUCUGGGUGGAGAUGCAUUCUCUCAGUUCAUUUUCCAAGUGGAGGGUUUGGAUUGUGCAUCAUCUCGCGAUGCUCCUCGUACCGAUCCUCUGGUUGGCGUCGCAGGCACGCGCUGCUCCAUCUCUCACCACAGAACAGAUGGAUAUGGGGGUGGACUGGCUGAGUAAGUUCGGAUACCUCCCACCGGCUGACCCUGUGACCGGCCAACUGCAGACCAAGGAGGCACUGACCAAAGCGAUUAAAGCCAUGCAGCGAUUCGGAGGCCUGGAGGAGACCGGAGUGUUCGACCAGGCCACCCUAGGCUUAAUGAAGACGCCACGCUGUUCGUUGCCAGACAUGUCUGAACCAGAAACAGUGGUUGGCAGGAGAAGACGAGCACUGGCACCUCAGAAAAAGUGGACCAAAAGACACCUGUCCUGGAGGGUGCGAACAUUUCCCAAGGAGUCAGCUGUGCUAGGCAGGGAAACAGUCCGAGCCCUGAUGUACUACGCUCUGAAGGUGUGGAGUGACAUCACGCCACUCAACUUUCAUGAGGUGGCAGGCAACAAGGCGGACAUCCAGAUCGACUUCACCAAAGCGGACCACAACGACGGCUAUCCUUUCGACGGGCCUGGUGGUACUGUAGCUCACGCCUUCUUCCCAGGAGAACGCUUCACUGCAGGGGAUACACACUUUGAUGAUGACGAGGCUUGGACUUUCAGGUCUCCAGAUUCUCAUGGCAUGGAUCUGUUUGCUGUGGCAGUCCAUGAGUUUGGCCACGCCAUCGGACUCGCACAUACGUCUGCUAUGGAGUCCAUCAUGCGUCCGUACUACCAGGGGCCGGUAGGAGACCCACUCAAGUACGAUCUCCCUUAUGAAGACAAGGUCAGAGUCUGGCAGCUUUAUGGUGUACGGGACUCAGUCUCACACACGGCUCAUCCGGAUGGCAUGUCUCAUACUGACGAUCCGCCUGUUCUCAUGGACCUGCCAGAAAACAAAUCCACAGUGCCGCCAGCACGCGAUGCCCCUGACAGAUGUACCAGUCACUUUGAUGCAGUGGCUCAAAUCCGAGGGGAGGCCUUCUUUUUCAAAGGGAAAUAUUUUUGGCGACUGACUCGAGAUAAGCACCUGGUGUCAUUGAGGCCGACUCAGAUCCAUCGCUUCUGGAGAGGUCUGCCUGCUAACCUGGAUAGCAUCGACGCUGUGUAUGAGAGACCUGGAGAUCAUAAGAUCGUCUUUUUUAAAGGAGAGAAGUACUGGGUGUUUAAGGACAACAUCUUGGAGGAAGGCUACCCACGGCCCAUCAGUGAUUUCGGCUUGCCCAUGGAGGGCGUAGACGCUGUCUUCGUCUGGCUACAUAACGACAAGACGUACUUCUUUAAGGACAACCAUUACUGGCGCUAUGAUGAUCAUCUGCAUCAUAUGGACCAGGGAUACCCGAAAGACACAAAGUUAUGGAAAGGGAUUCCAUCUCAACUAGACGACGCCAUGCGCUGGUCUGACAGUGCCUCAUACUUCUUCAAAGGUAAGGAGUACUGGCGAGUGGUAGGCAGCGAUAUGGAGGUCGAGGCAGGGUAUCCGCGCCCCAUCGGCAUAGACUGGUUGGUCUGCAAGGACAUGCAGUCAGAUGCUCCAGAGACGAGGAAUAACGAGACAGGCUCACAGCGCACCGGACAGCACCCCGCAGACCACGCCGAGAACGGCUACGAGGUGUGUUCUUGUACCUCAGACUCAGGAUCGUCCGCUGGCCCACGCCUGCAGCUCGCACCCCCCUGGCCGCUGGUAACCUUUUUAAUACUGACACACACCCUCAUGUUUGGGACACACUGAUGACGGGGACACCACAGGCCUGCACUGGCAUGGACACGGACACUGAGAGUGCGUAUGCAGAGGCUUGUGGGGAGGACAGCAGAGGGCAAACUUCGACUCCAAUCAGUGAUGCUUUGACAAACUUACACUCUAAUCAGCAAUCAUUGCUUACAUGUGGCUCUUUUUAAUGGAAACUGGAAAUGUAUUAUUAUUAUUAUUA